UCUUCUCUUGUCCUUUCUUUUCUGGACUUGCAACAAAAAAAAAGAGAGAGAGAGAGACUUUUUAAGGGUUUCUUAGUUAUUUCGUUCCUAAAAAAAAAAAAAAAAAAUCAAAUCCUUUUCGAAUUCGACCCUUUCUUUUUAUUUUGAUAUUUUGUUUUUGCUUUUCCUGAUUCUUCUACUCGGUUCUCGCCGGAGAGAAGACGGAGAAGAGGGUUUUUCGAAAAGGAGGAUGAUGAGAGGUUCCAAUAACACCGAUCUAUUCGACCCUAAGACCGAAAUGGAUUCCAAUUUCUCUCGCCAUGGCUCGUCUUCCGAAGGUGAUUUUGGUUUCGCUUUCAAUGACAGUAACUUCUCCGACCGUUUGCUCCGGAUCGAGAUCUUGGGUGGUCCUUCCGAUUGUAGGUCUGAUGUUGAAGGCUGUACCAGUAUUGCCGAUUGGGCUCGUCAUCGUAAGCGGAGAAGAGAAGAUAACAAGAAAGACAAUGGUGUUGCGGUUUCAGACAUUGUGGCAUGUGCGGAAGAGCAGAUUUUAACCGAUAACAACCAACCUGAUAUGGAUGAUUGUCCUGGUGGUGGUGAUAACCUUGACGAUGAAGGUGAGGCAAUGGUGGAAGAGGCCCUAUCAGGUGAUGAGGAUGCAUCUAGUGAGCCAAACUGGGGUAUUGACUGUUCUACUGUUGUUACAGUUAAAGAAUUGCAUAUUAGUUCUCCUAUCUUGGCUGCUAAAAGCCCUUUUUUCUAUAAGCUGUUUUCUAAUGGAAUGAGGGAAUCAGAACAAAGACAUGUUACUCUUAGAAUUAGUGCACAAGAGGAAGGUGCUUUGAUGGAGCUUUUGAACUUUAUGUAUAGCAGCUCUCUAAGUGUCACAACAGCACCUGCUUUAUUAGACGUGCUUAUGGCUGCUGACAAGUUUGAGGUUGCUUCCUGCAUGAGGUAUUGUAGUAGACUACUGCGCAAUAUGCCCAUGACUCCUGAUUCCGCUCUGCUCUAUCUCGAGCUCCCCUCUAGUGUUUUAAUGGCUGAAGCAGUCCAACCUCUAACCGAUGCAGCAAAGCAGUUCCUUGCCUCCCGUUACAAGGAUAUUACCAAGUUUCAUGAUGAGGUUAUGGGCUUACCAUUGGCUGGAAUCGAGGCAAUACUAUCGAGCGAUGAUCUCCAAAUUGCUUCUGAAGAUGCUGUUUAUGAUUUUGUCUUAAAAUGGGCAAGGGGACAGUAUAGCUCAUUGGAAGAUCGUAGGGAGAUUCUGGGUUCACGCCUUGCGCUCUACAUCCGCUUCCCAUACAUGACGUGUCGAAAGCUGAAAAAGGUACUCACGUGCAGCGAUUUUGAGCAUGAAGUAGCAUCAAAGCAAGUAUUGGAGGCGCUCUUCUUCAAAGCAGAAGCCCCACACAGGCAACGCAUCCUAGCAGGUGAAGGAUCGGACACCAUGAACCGCCGUUUCAUAGAGAGGGCUUACAAAUACAGACCCGUAAAAGUGGUGGAGUUUGAGCUUCCUCGCCCGCAGUGUGUAGUGUAUCUGGACUUGAAGCGAGAGGAAUGCGCAGGGUUAUUCCCUUCGGGAAGAGUCUAUUCUCAGGCCUUCCACUUGGGAGGUCAAGGGUUCUUCCUGUCUGCGCACUGUAACAUGGACCAGCAAAGCUCGUUCCACUGCUUUGGGCUAUUCCUCGGGAUGCAAGAGAAAGGAGCUGUGAGUUUUGGUGUGGACUACGAAUUUGCGGCUAGAGAGAAAAAAGCAGGAGAUGAAUUUACAAGCAAAUACAAAGGAAACUACACAUUCACAGGGGGGAAAGCGGUUGGUUACAGGAACCUCUUUGGGAUUCCGUGGACAUCGUUCAUGGCAGAGGACAGUCCGCAUUUCAUCAAUGGCAUUCUCCAUCUCAGAGCUGAGCUCACCAUUAAACGUUCCACAGACCUUCACUGACUGUUCCCUCUCUCUCUCUCUCUCUCGCUUUCUAUCAUUCUCCCAUAUAUAAGUUGUAAUAUCUCGUUAUGUAGCAGGCUCUAACCACGAGUGUCUUUCUAUAUAAUAGUAUGCUUAAGGAUCAGUAAAAGUAAGGUUUAUAGAGUACCUCACUCUCACUCUGUAAAUUCGAUUUGAAUUUUUCACUUUUCUAUUUACU